CCCCUCUUUUCCCUUUUCUUCCCUCCUCCCCUCUCGCUCUCCAGUGCUUGGCUGAGCGCGUAUCAGACAGAGGACAGUGCAUCACACACGCGUACACACACGUGGUGCUCCUUCAUCCCCUCACUCAUCUCUCUCCUGGCUCUCACUCUCUCUCUCUGCGUCUCUACCUCUCUUCUUGGCGCCUGUCUUCUUCUUCUCUGGGAUCAGUCUCGUCCACUCUCUUGCCACUCUUGCAAUGAGAGCACAGGAGUAAACGGCCAGGUGGAGUAAAAAGCUCUCCCCAUCUGUCUUUUUUGUUUUUCCUCGUCUUUGGUGGAUCCAGGCACAGAGCAUUGAGAAUGUUCAUUUCAGCAGCAGUGGUGCUGGGGGCCACCCUGGGGACAGUGUCCGGAGCGCUUACGCUCUGUGGCCUCUCAUUGCUCUGCAGGAACUGCAAGAAGGGCAAACUGGAGAGAGGGGACAGCGCCGACCCUGAGAAAGCCAAAGCCAGCAUCCUGCACACACUCACUCAGUUCAGCGUGGAGAAAUCAACUGAGCCUAUCCAGCCUCAGACCCUGCUGAAGUUCCCCAAAAUCUACAAGCCUAAGCCGUCCGUCACAUCACCUGAGGUCAUCAACUACAGCGACAAUACAAACACGUCUGAGAAACCUGUGGCUGAGCCUGACAGCUGUAAUCAAGAAACAGAAGGAGAUGAGGAGGUCUUUGCUCUCCCGCGACAAGAUUCUGCUGAUGAGACACCCUGUGCAGUUGAGCAGUCGAGCGGCAUGACAACCAGCAGCUCUGUCCUGCACCCAAAACUGCACUUUUCUCUCCGCCUGCACAGCCAGAACAGAGAGCUGCACAUCACUAUUAUAGAAGCGGAGCACAUUACCAUAGAGGCCGGCUGCGAGGGGUACGUGUCAGGCUGUGUGAGUGUAUCCGGAGAGCAGAAGCAUUCUCAGACGGCAGUGCGCAAGCUAGCAGCACGGGUCCAGUGGGGCGAGGCCUUGGUGUUUGUCCUGCCCAACAACUGUAGUAAAGAGGGUACAGAUGGCAUGGAGGGAGAGGUGGCGCUGACCUUACACAGCUGUGACCGCUUCUCUCGGAAUGCUACUCUUGGCACUGUGAGGUUCAAACUGGCCGACGUGGGCAUGAUGUCAGAUGCUGACUGCUGGGUCGACUUGCAACCACCCAAACAGCUGGAAGUGACAUCAUCAGCUGGGGAGCUGUUGCUGUCACUGAGCUACUUACCGGCAGCUAACAGGCUGGGGGUGGUAGUGAUGAAGGCACGAGGACUGCAGUCUGAUAAACUCAAAGACAACAUAGAUCUGUCAGUAAAGCUGACACUGAAACACCAGAGCACCAAGCUGAAAAAGAAGCAGACAAGACGCGUCAAGCACAAGAUCAACCCGGUGUGGAAUGAGAUGAUGAUGCUUGAGCUCCCCAGGGAGCUGCUCACCAAGUCUAGCCUAGACCUAGAAGUGCUGAACCAAGCCAGCCCCGGCACAUUGCUCCCUCUCGGCCGCUGCCUGCUGGGUCUCCAUGCUUCCGGGACCGGCCUACAACACUGGCAACAGAUGCUGGAUAACCCACGCAAGCAGAUCGCAAUGUGGCAUCCUUUGUAUGCCUGAGGAAUAUACACGCUUAAAACACCAAUAGAACUAAUGUAUUCCCACUGUAUGUGAUGAAUAGUUAAAUGUUUGGACAGAUUUUACAACACUGCUCUAUUCCUGUAUAUUAAUCUGUGUCAUUAUUCAGAUUUGAGCAGAUUUCAUCGGUUAGCAAAAUAUUUUGUAACUGUUCUUGCUCAAGCUAGCAGCUUAUGAGCAAAGAUGCCUGAAGAGUAGUCUGUGAAAGUGUUGUUUGGUUUUGAUACAGAUUAUUAUAUAGUGAUUAGAGCACUUUGGUAUAAAAUAGUACCAUAUUUAGCUUUGGUGUUGUGAAUGUGUCAAAGGAACUCUGCGUCACUCUGAACAGGAUGAGUCAUUCUCAUCCCAUCUCACCCACAGCCAAAACAGAGAGAAAGGUGAUUGGGAAUGGCCUUGGAUCGGCUUGGGUUGAAUGAAGCAUUUGGAUGUUUAAAAGAAUAUUCCAGCUUCAGCAUCUGCCCAUUUGCCUCUGUUAUACAUGUUUCGUGUCAGCAGGUUUUCUGUUCUUUUUGACGUACAGGGUGUGUGUCAAAGAGAUUGUUUGUGAUAUUCUUCCAUUACAUCAGCCUGACAGGAUCCAACUGCUCAUGUUGGGGUUGGAUGUCAUUUCAGGGACCAUGACAUUGUCUGAUCAUUUCUUAAAUACUGGUCUGGCUUGGGUUGGGUUCAAUUUCAUGUUAGGGUUCUCACAACCUGUUUUUCUCCGUACUUUAUUCUUCACUACUUUCACUAUGUUAAAUCUAAGUCUAAAAACAUUUAAUUUGUUUGGCCAAUAUAAUUUCAUGUUAUAUGUUCAGUGUGUUCUAUGUGUAGAAAUAGAAUUUUAGGAUUAAACAGGUCAAAGCUAA